AUGGAUAUCAAGGAUACCACCCCCAUUUCCAUGCCCGAGGCAAAGGAGAUGCUAGAUAAAUAUAUAGCCAACGCCGAACGCAGACAGAGAGCCAGCCAGGCGCUGAAUGAUUCCGACUUCAAAACGCCGCAGGCGUAUUCCGCUUUGAGGACGUUAUCAGAGAAUCUCGAGUUUACGGAUAUGGCAGAUUGUAAUACAACACUUCAUUAA